CCUUUUUUUAAUUAUUAAAUAGUAUUUUGGGAAAAAGAAAAAAUAAAAUAAGGGAAGGCACCUACUCUGCAACAAACUCCGGCGAUUGGAAGAAGAACCCAUCACCAUCACUUACCUUGCAAUGUACUCUACCAUCUCCAUCUCUCCAACAAAUCCACUGCAUUUUUUUGUGAUUGAUCGCCACCCUCCACCUUCUUUUUUCCAGCAAUUACCAUUCCUUAACCCCAUCAAAAUUAUUCUUUAUUUUUCUUACAAUACACACAACACUGUUCUUCGAUCGAUUCACAUCUUUCAUAUGCAUCCGCCCCACCUUAAAUAACCCAAAAAAAUCCCCACCGGAAACUAAGUAAUUCAAUGGUGGAAACGGUAGCGCCGCCUAAUGUCGACCACCACCACCACCGCCGCCGCUGGAUCCCUUCCGCCGUCGCUUUCUUAUCGGCCCAUAAGACCCUGUUAAUUUCUUUCUGGACGGUUUUCCUUUUCACCGUCUUUUACUGGCAGCGGGACGCCGCCCCGCGCGGGCUCUUGAUUCUCCGGCGGGCUUUCGCUUCGCCGCCGCCGCCGCGGCAGCUGCCGAAGCUCCGGCCCGUGUCGUUCAACUUGACUGACUUUGGAGGGGUGGGGGAUGGGUCGACUCUCAACACGGCGGCGUUUGAGAGGGCGGUGUCGGCGAUUUCGAAGCUGGGGAAAAAAGGGGGCGGCCAGCUCAAUGUUCCUCCGGGCAAUUGGCUAACGGCGCCGUUUAAUCUCACCAGUCACAUGACUCUGUUUCUCGCCGAAGGUGCUGUCAUCAUCGGAAUUGACGACGAGAACUAUUGGCCAUUAAUGCCUCCGUUGCCUUCUUACGGAUACGGUAGAGAGCAUCCAGGACCAAGAUACGGAAGUUUAAUCCACGGACAAAAUCUCAAAGAUGUCGUAAUUACAGGGCACAACGGCACCAUUAACGGGCAGGGCCAAACAUGGUGGAAAAAGUACCGGCGGAAGCUUCUUAACCACACGAGAGGUCCGCUUGUGCAGAUUAUGUGGUCUAGUGACGUUGUCAUAUCCAACGUUACAUUACUCGAUUCUCCGUUUUGGACACUUCAUCCGUACGACUGCAAGAAUGUCACGAUCAAACACGUCACUAUUCUCGCACCUAUAUUCGGUGCCCCGAAUACUGACGGCAUUGAUCCUGAUUCGUGUGAGGAUGUUGUGAUUGAGGACUGUUACAUAAGCGUUGGUGACGAUGGCAUUGCAAUAAAGAGCGGUUGGGAUCAAUACGGGACCGCUUACGGACGGCCUUCGAAGAAUAUACUCAUUCGAAAUCUCGUUAUUCGUUCGAUGGUCAGUGCAGGCAUAUCGAUAGGCAGUGAAAUGUCCGGUGGUGUAUCGAAUGUCACCGUAGAGAAUCUCCACGUGUGGAACUCGAGAAGAGGUGUACGGAUCAAGACAGCACUCGGCAGAGGAGGGUACAUUCGGAACAUUGUUUAUCGAAACCUGACAUUCGAUAAUGUUCGAGUUGGGAUUGUCAUAAAAACGGACUACAACGAACAUCCGGACAAAGGGUUCGAUCCGAAAGCUGCUCCGAUAAUCGAGGGCGUAAGCUACACUAUGGUGCACGGGCAGGGUGUGCGGGUCCCGGUUCGUAUACACGGGAGCGAAGAGAUUCCUCUGCGGAAUAUUACUUUUCGAGACAUGUCGGUUGGAAUAACUUAUAAAAAGAAGCAUAUAUUCCAGUGUGCUUUCGUGUGGGGAAGCGUUGUGGGGUCCGUUUUUCCUCCCCCGUGUGAUAAUCUUGAUCGAUAUGACGAGAUCGGGCGUUUGGUGAAACAAUCGGCUUUUCGGAAUAUAUCUGAUAUCGAUUAUGAUUUCUGAAAAAUAACUUGUUGUCAUUAUUAUUUUCAUUUUAAAAUGUUUUCCACGUGCAUAAAUUAGAUGUAUAGAUGGUCAGUUAAUAUGUUUGCAGAGUACAGAGUGAAAUGUACACAGACAGUUCAUCCAACUGAAAUGCAAUUGAAUUAUAGAGGGGCUUAUAAAGGAAUCUUACAGAAAUUUUAGAGCCUUUUUGUAUUUAGCACUAAUGUAAUUGAUUUUCUUUAAUUAACUCCGGUUUUAUA